CAGAAAUGGGCCAGAAUGUGAACACCUUUUCCACUGGUUGAUAGCAGUGGCUCACACAGCUCUGAAGAACCCUACGAAGCACCCUGGAGGGGAACGCUCAGUAGAAGCACCAUGGAGACCGUUAGGAUAGCCCUCCUCGUCCUCCUUCUAACCUCGCUCCAGCUCCUCACAACAGUGCAAUCAGAAGACCCAUUUCAACAAUCAACAACAGCGAAACCAUCAGAUGCAAUUACAUCAACUGAGAAACCCACCACGACUGUUCAUCUUGUGGCUAUUUCAGCCACUGUAACGGUCUUACAAAAUGUUUCUGACACCACUGUGACCCCAAACAAGACAGAGGAGAAAUCUGCCUCAGUCCCUGCUACAUCAGCAGUACCAGCAACAAAUACAACAGAAAAUACAAUGAAUUCAUCCUUACCCCAAGAUCCAGUGAGUUCCACAUCUCCACAUACUAAGGAUGAUGAGGUAACAACAAAAGUGACCAAGGCCAUAACUGCUGUUACCCAGAGUGACCCACUCCCCCAAAAUACCACAGCUCAGCCAACCACAAAGCUCUUAUCAGGUUCAAAGGAUGAAAUUACAGGUCAAGAAAUAAACAAGGACAAUGGGAAUAUGGAUCAAGAUGCUGGUCAACAGGCUAGAGGUGAAGAGACGGAAGCUCUUAAAUCAAAUAAGAACCUGCUGUGGAUUCUUUUGCCAGUCCUGGUAGUUGUGGUGGCUGCUGUCAUCUUCCUUCUGAAUAGUAAAUGCAUGAAGGACCACGAUCACACAGAGAUAACUGAUAAUGGAACAGAAAAUGCCUCUUUCCAGAGCAGGCCAGACAGCGGCAAAGAUGGUGUCAUGCUUCUCGGGGUGAAGUCUUCAGGUGGUGAAGACAAUGCUGCUGCAAGAUAAAAGGGAGGCCAUCCCAUUCUAAUGAGGCCAUCCCAUUCUAAUGAGGCCAUCCCAUUCGAAAUGACCACUGGAUGAGGCUGAGCUCUCACAACCCGGAAAAUGGUCCAGACCUUCACCUUCAACGAUCUAAACAUAAUGGACUAUCAAAUAUGGCGUCACAGAAUCCCAAAGGUUACUAAAGUGGGAACAUUUGUAUAUGGUGUGGAAAGAAUAUUGGUGUGUGAGUAUUGUAGGAUAUUCUCCCGAGUGGCGCAGUGGUCUAAGGCACUGCAUCGCAGUGCUAGCUGUGCCACUAGAGAUCCUGGUUCAAAUC